UCGACCAUGCUCACCGUAUUAGUUACAGGCUCAACAGGGCAGCAGGGCGGUGCAGUCUUGCAAAGCUUGCGUGCCGCUGAUCGUAAAGAUCUCAAGAUCCGUGCCAUGACAAGGUCCCCGCAGUCAGCGGCCGCCAAAAAGCUGAGGUCUCAAGGAAUUGACAUCGUACAAGCCGAUCUCGAGGACGGUGCUUCACUUGAAGCCGCACUGAGAGGCUGCGACGCUGCAUACCUAGUCACUGACUUCCGCGGAUCUGGUGACGUGCAAGGAGAGAUCCAACAAGGCAAGAACUUUGUCGAUGCGGCGGUGCGCGCAGCAGGGGUCGGCCACGUUGUGUAUUCAUCCGUAGCAGGUUGUGAGGAUCCUGAGGUUGAACACUUCCAUUCGAAAUACUCCAUCGAGAAAUAUCUGCACGAGUCCGGUAUACAUUGGACCGUUAUCAGGCCAGUCGGGUUCAUGGACGUUAUACCCCCGGCGGGAUUAGCUCGUACUUUCUUCUUGGGUGCUAUGAAGGCUGUGUUUAGGAAUAGCAAACAGAAAUGGAUUGCGUGCGACGACAUCGGUAGUGCUGUUGCACGAGCCCUGAUGGGUCGGGAAGAAUGUUUCGAGAAGACUUACGAGAUUGCUGGCGAUGUCGCAACAGUUGACGAAGUGAGCAAGGCUUUGGAGAGAGGCGAGAGGAGUAAAGGCUGGACGAUAUGGCUACCCAAGUGGCUCGUUAUCGCGUUAUCACCAUACCACUAUCGACAGAUGUUUAUUGUAGGUUUUGUGUAUACGAGUGCUCUAUGCAGAAGCUGAUCUGGCCUUAUAGUGGUUGGCUGAGGGAAAGCAGCCGGGGGAUGUAGCGAUGACGAAAGCAAUCCUUCCCCAAGUCAUGGACGUCGAAGCUUGGGCUAGGAGAAAGAUGAGAUCUUAGCUACUGUGACCUGCAGGUAAACUGGCUUUCUCCUGUGG